AUGGCACCCAUUCGCAUCGGCUUCAUCGGCCUGAGCGCUGCAGCUUCUGGCUCCGGGUGGGCCAACAGCGCCCAUUUGCCCUAUCUACGAAACACCUCCAAAUACAGUAUCAUCGCCCUCUGCAACUCGAGCGUCGAAGCCGCGCAAGCAUCCGUCAAAGCGAAUGGGCUCCCUGCCGAGACGAAGGCUUAUGGCUCCCCAGAGAACCUAGCCGCAGACGCCGAUGUCGACCUCGUAGUCUGCUGCGUGCGGGUGGACAAGCACCGGGACGCCCUUCUGCCGGCUCUCGAGGCGGGGAAGGACUGUUUCUGCGAGUGGCCACUUGGUGCGAACCUUGAACAGGCCCAGGAGCUGGCGAGGCUGGCGGAUGAAAAGGGCGUGAGCAGUAUGGUGGGGCUGCAGGCGAGGCACUCGCCGUAUGUGAGGAAGGUCAAGGGGGUGGUGGAGAGCGGCAGGAUUGGCAAGGUGCUGAGCACGACGGUCGUGGCCUGUGGAUACAAUUUCGGGACCGAGCCUACGCCGGUGGGGAUAAAGUAUCUGGGUGAAAGACAUGUGGGUGGGAACGUGGCUACGAUCCAUUUUGGGCAUAUGAUGGACUUCGUGCUCUACGCCCUCGGAGAGCUCAAGUCCUACAGCUCCAUCUACGGAAACCAGCGGCCAAAAGUGCAGCUCAUCGACAAAGGCACCGGCAAGAUUGUAGAGACGUUCACCAAGGACGCGCCUGAUCAGGUCCUUGUCCAAGGCCAUCUCGAGUCUGGCGCUCUGCUUUCCUUCCAUCUGCGUGGCGGUAAGCCUUUUGCAGGCGAGCCCAGCAUCCUCUGGCGUGUAUACGGUGAGAAGGGCGAGAUACAAGUCACUGGAUCAAGCGCAAUGCUCAACAUUGGGGCCCCGGAUACUACAGUCAAAAUCCACAAUUUCGAGAGUGGCGAUGUGGAGACACUCGAAGUUGGCAAAGACGACUUCUCUUCUCUGCCACAGCCUGCUCAGAACAUCGCGAGAUGCUAUGAAGCGUUCGCCGAUGGAGAGAAAGAGAACAUUGUCGAUUUCAAAGCUGCGGCAUUGAGGCACGCGUUGAUCGAGGAGAUGGACGAGCGAGAACGGAGUGGGCAUCAGGACAGCAAAGCUACCUAUAGAUAUCUCUAG